AAAAACCAAAAACCAACUCCCUUCCCAAACGACACCUAAGAAGCCUUCGGUAUGUUUUUUGUCUUCCACUAUGAUCGCUAUGCUCUGCACAACUCUUUGAAGACCUCCACAAAGCUGAGGUUUUGGCCCUUGAGAGCAUCGGGAAUUUGUUGAAUUUCAUUACUCAAGUCAAAGAUGGACAAUUUUUAUGGACCUGGGAGGAACCACCUCUUUGUUCCGGGGCCAGUCAAUAUCCCGGAGCACGUUAUUCGUGCAAUGAACAGGAACAAUGAGGAUUAUCGCUCUCCUGCCAUCCCAGCACUGACAAAAACCCUACUUGAGGACAUCAAGCAGAUUUUCAAGACUACAACUGGAACCCCAUUUCUGAUUCCAACUACAGGUACUGGUGCAUGGGAAAGUGCACUUACAAACACUUUGUCUCCUGGAGAUCAGAUUGUGUCUUUUCUAAUUGGCCAAUUCAGUUUGCUCUGGAUUGAUCAACAGCGACGCCUCAACUUCAAUGUUGAUGUCAUUGAAAGUGAGUGGGGUCAAGGUGCCAAUCUUGAAGUUUUGGCAUCAAAGCUGGCAGCAGAUACCGUUCAUACUGUCAAGGCCAUUUGCAUUGUGCACAACGAGACAGCUACAGGAGUUACCAACAACUUAGCUGCUGUAAGAAAAAUCCUUGAUCACUAUCGGCAUCCGGCACUCAUUCUCGUUGAUGGAGUUUCCUCCAUAUGUGCACUGGAUUUCCGCAUGGAUGAAUGGGGAAUAGAUGUGGCUUUAACCGGUUCUCAGAAAGCUCUUUCUCUGCCCACUGGGAUGGGAAUUGUGUGUGCAAGCCCUAAAGCUCUUGGGGCCUCCAAAACUGCAAAAUCAGUUAGAUUUUUCUUUGACUGGAAUGAUUACUUGAAGGCCUAUAAGUUGGAAACUUAUUGGCCAUACACACCUUCCAUCCAUUUGUUAUACGGACUGAGAGCAUCACUAGAUCUUAUAUUUGAGGAAGGACUUGACAAUGUGAUUGCAAGGCAUAGUCGCCUAGCAAAAGCAACAAGGCUUGCCGUGGAGGCAUGGGGCUUAAAGAACUGCGCUCAAAAGGAGGAAUGGCAUAGCAACUCAGUCACUGCUGUGCUUGUUCCUCCAAACCUUGAUAGUUCAGAAAUUGUUAGUAGGGCUUGGAAAAGGUACAACUUAAGCUUAGGCCUUGGCCUAAAUAAAGUAGCUGGAAAGGUUUUCAGAAUAGGGCAUCUUGGCAAUCUAAAUGAGAGGGGACACUCCAUUAUGUAGUGAAGAGUGCAGACAAUAGGCCAAUGAAAAGAAUUGGAAGAUCUCUGCUUCCAUGAAAGCCUUGAGGAUUGAUCAGAAGAAACCCAACAAACCCUUUCCUUCUGUGUCUCUUCUCUCUAUCUUUUGUUUCUGUUUUCUUUUUCUUUUCUUUUUUUUGGGCCCCAAAAUGACGUCGUUUUGGGGCAUCGCAAGGACCAUUGCAGAGAAUCAUGGCAGAGGAUCCGGACUCAUAAACUUGGGGCCAUAUGUGUGAAGUCCAUAUAUAUAUAUAUAUGUUUUUUUUCUCAUUGA